CCAGACGGGGCGGGGAGCAGAGCGAACGCCACUCCCCGGGCUCGCCGCAGUAGCCCCGGGGGCCCCGCCGCCGCGUAAGGCAGCGCGCCGCCCCCUCGCGGUUCUUUGCACCACGGGCUGGUGGAGGGAGCCGCCGCGGGUCUGGGACAGAGCAGAACUCGCAGCAGAAGUGGCUGAGAUGACUUCCUCAAACGAAUAUGGAUCCAGUUCCUGGGAGCUCAUUGUCACAGUCGAUCAUCAGUAUGAAGAAGAGCAAAAGGAAUUUACACUUCGGGUCUCGGGAGACCUGCAUGUUGGUGGAGUGAUGCUUAAAUUAGUAGAACAAAUCAAAAUCUCACGGGAUUGGUCAAACUAUGCUCUUUGGUGGGAGCAAAAGAAGUGCUGGCUUCUAAAGACCCAUUGGACGCUGGAUAAAUGCGGGGUGCAGGCAGAUGCCAAGCUGCUCUUUACAACACAGCACAAGAUGCUGCGCCUCCGCUUGCCAAACAUGAAGACCGUGCGGCUGAAGGUCAGCUUCUCCUCGGUGGUGUUCAAGGCUGUCAGUGAGAUCUGCAAAGCCCUCAAUAUUAGACGGUCAGAAGAACUCUCUCUGUUGAAACAGUCGGAAGAUACUUUGAAAAAGAAAAAGAAAAAAGACAAGAAUAACAAAGAACCAGUCAUAGAAGACAUUUUAAAUCUGUACAACUCCCCAGUGAUUUCAGGAUCACCAGCAAGUCCUGGUUUAUAUAGUAAAACCAUGACUCCCAUGUAUGAUCCUGUUAACGGAACACCAGUCUCUUCGACGGUCACGUGGCUCAGGGACAGCCCUCUGGCUGCACCCAACUGCAGCAUCCUUGCCUUCAGCCAUCCCAACUAUUCUCCGGAAACACUGGCUGAAAUGUACCAGCCUCGGACCUUAGCUGACAAAGCCAAACGUAAUGCAGGCUGGCUGGAUUCAUCGCGAUCGCUUAUGGAACAAGGUGUCCAGGAAGACGAUCAGCUUCUCUUGCGCUUUAAGUACUACUCUUUCUUUGAUCUGAAUCCAAAAUAUGAUGCAGUGCGAAUAAACCAGCUCUAUGAGCAAGCCCGCUGGGCUAUCCUAUUGGAAGAAAUCGAUUGCACAGAGGAAGAAAUGUUGAUCUUCGCUGCAUUGCAGUAUCAUCUAAGCAAGUUGUCGUUAUCAUCCGAGGCGCAAGACUUCACAAGUGAAUCUGAAGUGGAUGAAGUGGAGGCCGCACUUUCCAAUCUGGAAGUAACGCUGGAAGGUGGAAAAACGGAUAGCAUUUUGGAGGACAUUACAGACAUACCGAAACUUGCAGACAAUCUCAGGCUAUUUAGGCCCAAGAAGCUAACACUGAAAGCCUUCAAGCAGUAUUGGUUUGUCUUUAAGGACACUUCAAUAUCUUAUUUUAAAAACAAGGAAUCUGGGCACGGAGAACCCAUUGAGAAGCUAAACCUAAAAGGAUGUGAGGUUGUACCAGAUGUAAACGUAGCAGGGAGAAAAUUUGGAAUUAAACUACUAAUUCCUGUGGCUGAUGGCAUGAAUGAAGUGUAUUUGAGAUGUGAUAAUGAAAAUCAAUACGCCUUCUGGAUGGCUGCUUGUAACUUAGCGGCCAAGGGCAAAACGAUGGCAGACAGCUCUUACCAGCCCGAGGUGCAGAACAUCCUUUCGUUCCUGAGGAUGAAGAACCGGCCCAUGUCUCCGCAGGUGGUCUCUGAUCCAGAGAGCAUGGGCAUGAAACCGGAAUGCUUUGUCUCGCCGCGCUAUGCCAAAAAAUAUAAGUCCAAACAGUUGGCCGCCCGCAUUCUGGAAGCUCACCAAAACGUGGCACAAAUGUCGCUAGUGGAAGCCAAGUUGCGCUUUAUCCAGGCGUGGCAGUCCCUCCCGGAGUUUGGUUUAACAUACUACAUUGUAAGGUUUAAAGGAAGCAAGAAAGAUGAUCUUCUGGGUGUUUCCUAUAACCGGCUGAUCAGGAUAGAUGCAGCCACUGGGGACCCGAUCACAACGUGGAGAUUCUCCAGUAUGAAGCAGUGGAACGUGAACUGGGAAAUACGUCAGGUCGCCAUUGAGUUUGACCAGAAUGUCUCCAUUGCUUUCACAUGCCUGAGUGCAGAUUGCAAGAUUGUCCAUGAAUACAUUGGGGGUUACAUCUUCCUGUCAACUCGUUCUAAAGACCAAAAUGAAACACUGGAUGAAGAUCUGUUUCAUAAAUUAACUGGUGGCCAGGAAUAAGGUGAAACCAUGUUGGUUUGUGCUGGCAAAAAGGACCAGAAACUAUGUAAGGUUUUUCCUCUACACGGUUAUGUUUGUACACUGACAGAACAACACAGACAGAGUAUUUCACCCUGUGUCAGAGCAGGGAAUGCUUCCACUGUGUGAGGUACAUAUUGAAACUGAGGUCACCGAGGUGGAAUGAGCCUACCCUUGAUCAACAUUAGGGAAAUGAGACUCCUUUGGUUGGUGGUUUUUAUGCUACGUGAAGAUGUCACCGAAGAUUCACUUUAUCUUGAUUGGGAAACAUCUGUCAACAUUCUUUCCUGUUUAACUUAGAUGACUGAUUUUAGUAUCCUGUACAGAACAUGAGGGUGUUGGGAUACACGUCCUGUUUUCUGUUACACAUUUGUGCAACUGGCAUUGCCUUCCCAUUUUCUAGAAUAUUGCAGGAUGAAUAGAGCUAACGGUAUAUAAAUAUAUAUUUGAAGUCUGUAGUACUGGAACAAAAUACUGCCUGGCAUGUACAUAAUAUGGUCCUUCUAGUCCUCUGUCUUGCACACAGAACUAUCAGUCCCUGAGUUUUAGUUAAGGAUACAGCCCUGCAAACAGUGAACGCCUUAGUUGGACUGUUCACAAGCAUGAAGUCAGAGACCGCUCCUGUGCAUAAAGAUAUUAAUCUUGGCACCUAAACAUGAAUCUUUUGGGAACUAUUUGAAUUGUGAUGUUCAAAUUGUGUUAAUGGCUAUGUCUCCACUAUUAAUACUUGACAUAAGCCUAUAAAUGGGCUCCCUUGUUAUUUUAUGAAUAUGACAUUAAAUUCUGGGCAAAUUAUUCUAUGUUGUUAUCUAACAUGAGACCAAAAUUACCUGUGGGAACGUUGGUAGUAAAAUCCGUAAUGCUGAGUGCUUUGGAUAUCAAAUCCAUACUAUUCACAAUCGCUGCAAAAAAAAAUCCUUCUUUGUUGGACAGACAGGUCCAGCGGCGUUAGUGGUGAGGCCCAUGCUGACUUCCGAGGGAUUUUAAAUCAGGCCUGAAAUGUUCAACUGUUGACAGAGUGCUCGACCAUGGGACAGGCAAAUUGAGGUACACUCAUCCAUGCAGACAAGUUAAAUGCCAUGGAUACACUUAAGGAAAUACGGCACCGAGCCCCUCGGUUACUUUCACACACCUGAGAUUUCGUGCAUCCUGAGAUGUUGGACUUCUCACUAGGGAUGUAAAAUCCAGUUUAAUUAAUUAACUUGUUAAACAUUAAGUUUAGCCAGUUAAUCAAUUAAACAGGGUGGGCAAGGGUCUGCUUCAGCUCCCAUUGGUUAACUGUAAUCUGUUAACAAUCAACAUCCCUACUUGUCACUUCAAAAUCCUUGCUAGGUGGUGUUUAUUCGGGCUGCUGGGCCUCGUUCUUCUCUCCUUUGGUCUAGUUUUACUCCAGUCUCUCUCAGUUACAGUGGAGUGUAUGAGCGGGGUGGGGAAGGAGGUCAAGUGACUUGAAACAGGAGGGGGAGUUGUAGAGGUGCAUUAUACACCCACACCAGGGAGAGGAAGAGGAGCAUUCCCUCUUUUAGCACCACUGCUCCCCUUGCUUUAGCUUUCUGUGGGAGGAAAGUCCGACCCAAUGGUGUUCUAUUAGUGAAAUUCACUCCGGGUGCAGAGGGGCGGUACCAGGCCUUCCAUGCUACUUAAAGCCUACACAAGAGCUGCUAAUGAUAAUCGUAGCUAUGGUAACUUUCUUUUCAUUGUUAGAUCUCAAAAAACAUUACAGAGGAAGUCAAUGUCAUUAUCAGAUUGGGAAACUGAGGCACAGGGGAGGGAUGGGACUUGCCUCAGGUCUCCCAGCAGAGCCAGGAAUAGAACCAUGGUCGUUUCAGCGCACUAGCCGCUAGGCAACACAGUGCUGCGGACCCAGGGAGGCAGCAGUGCAGGCAUGCCUGCACUCACUAGGCAAUUGAAGAACCGAUCUUGUGAUUCAAGGUGCAGGCUGUUGAUUUCGAAGAAGGAUUCUGCCUUUGCUCAUUCUGUGAGGAGCUCCUCCAUGUUCCCCCAGCGUGGUAAAGCUGCAGCUAGCCGCCAGGCCCUGCGUGGCAGGCUGUGUAAAUAUGAAUGUUUGUGCGGUAAGAUUUUGAAACUUUUCCCACUCUAGCCCAGCUUGGAACCCAUUGCUGCUGAUCCAGCCCUUACAUAAAUCCAGAGUUUUAUUCCACUGUACAUCGAACGCACGAGUAACUUCAGCGUUCAUGGUUUUGUUAGAGAAAAGAAACUGCCCCCCAGUAAAAAAGUUUGGCCAGGCCGUUCUUGACUCCUUGAGAGAAACCGGCCGCACCCUUCCUGCAUACCAUUGCCU